AUGGAGGAAGAAGCUUCGACGGUGAGGUUGGUUCGUUGUCCAAAAUGUGAGAAUCUUCUUCCUGAGCUUCCUGAAUACUCUGUUUACCAGUGCGGUGGCUGUGGUGCUGUUCUUAGAGGAACACAUUCUACUCCUGCAAGUGAGAAAAGACCGUUAGAAAAACCCGAUAACGAUAUUGGCACGAGGGUUUCUGAGAAGAUAGAAAAAGUUAGUUUAGAAUCUGGUUCUCCAAUUGAGAAAGAAGGUGAUGAAUUUGAGGUUGGUAGAAGACAUGGUAGAACCAUCCACAAAAGGGUUUCUAGUUUGAGUGUUGGUUCUUCAUCUAGGAAAGAGAAACGCGAAAGUUUCAUGGAUUCGGAUCAAAGUAGGAGAAGAAGGCUCGAUUUUGAUCAAACCAAAGUUAAGGUUUUCGAUAAUUGGGACACGAAUCAAGAAAUUCGACACCCUUUUGGUCCAAUUCGGUCAAGACCGAUGGGGAUUCAUAGGAAUUCUAGUACAGUAGAAAAGGGUAGAUUUGGGAACUUACCAUAUGCGAAUGAGGGUCCUUCGAGUUCUCAUUUAGGUACUUUUAACAGCUUCGGUGAGCACGUUAGGAACCAUGGUGGUUUAAACGAGUUCUCGAGGGUUCAAGAUUUAGAGAACGAUAGAGUUGAACUUCUUAAGAAGCUUGAUGAGUUAAGAACUCAACUUAGCAGAUCAUGUACUGUGGCUGAAAAGCCAAAUGGAAGAUUAAAUGGUUCUUCUUACCUUGAUUCCAAUAGUUUCAACCACCCUUCUUGGCCACAGCCACCACCACCACCACCGCUGCCGCCACAUCAGCCUCCACAUCAUCAAUAUCUACCUCCAUACCAUGACCCUUUUCUUGGCUAUAAUCAAGAACCAGUUUUGUUUCACCGGCCAUCGUGCUCUUGUUCACAAUGCUACAACAUGAAUUGGCAGCCGAUUCCUACAAAGACCCGUCCUUUUCCAUCUUUCAACGGUCGAGAAGCCGGCUACCCUGGUUCAUCUCAGCUGCCACGUCACCAUCUAGGUUCUUUAAGAAGUGCAGGCGAUCUUGAUUCGGGAAAUGGUAGUUUCGGGAGAAGGUAUCCGAGAAGAAGGGUGAUUCUAAGUCAUGGAGGUGAACGUGUAUCUCGUCCCAUUUCAGGUGGUGCUCCGUUUAUAAGCUGUUGUAAUUGCUUCGAGUUGCUGAAAAUUCCUAGGAAACUUACGAUCAUGGAAAAGAACAAUCACGGGAUGAUGAAAUGUCCAGUUUGUUCUGCUUUGAUAUCGUUGAAACUCGAAGAUAACAAACUCGUUGCUUCAGUUUCUUCACCUAUUUUACAACAAAAAGCCAAUGAAAAAAGAUCUAAUGGAAGCCCUCAUAGCUCUUGUGAUUACGAUAAUUGUGGUUACACUUUUCAGUUGACGGAUACUGAACCACAGUCAUCAAGCGGUGGAGCUGAAAAGAGCGAUGAGAAAAGCCCCGAUAGUGUAAUAGAUAAGCCAUCUUCGCCUGUUCCAUUUUUAGAAAGUCAAAAUGAUGAUAACUUGAGCAAAAGUCAAAGAACCGAUCAAGAAAACCCGUCUGUUAACAACAAGAAAUCUUUAAAAGAUGCAUUGGUUGCAACCGAGAUAGAUGUGUCUUUAACGGAGUACUUAAAUAUUGACGUUGUUAGCAGAGAAGACGAUCAAUUAAGGAACAAGAAAGGGGGGAACGAGUCCUUUUUCGGUGGUUUGAUAAAGAAGAGACUUAAAGAUUUCUCACGUUUGAGCAGCGGUGCAGAGAAGGCAAGAUCGGAUGUUUUCGUGAACGGAAAACUUUUGACCGAUCGGGUCGUGAAAAAGGCCGAGAAGUUAGCCGGGCCUAUUCAUCCUGGGGAUUACUGGUAUGAUUCCUUAGCUGGAUUCUGGGGUGUAAUGAACCAGCCCUGCUUUGGCAUUAUUCCUCCAUUUAUCGAAGAAUUCGACUAUCCAAUGCCCAAGAACUGCGCAGCUGGGAACACGGCUGUUUUCGUGAACGGAAGAGAACUUAACGAUAAAGAUUUAGAUCUGCUUGCUGGCCGAGGCCUCCCAACGACCAAAGAUCGGUCUUAUAUCAUCGACAUUUCUGGGAAAGUCGUGGACGAAGACACCGGAGAAGAACUAGACGGUCUCGGCAAGCUUGCUCCAACGGUUGAAAGGGUAAAACAUGGAUUUGGGAUGAAGCUCCCAAAAGCUGUUGCUAAGUGAAUCAAAGUUGUUGGUGUUUGAUGGUUAUUUUCGGGGGGUUUAAGGUGUUUAUAUGAAGAAAUUAAGGUAAGUUUGGUUGGAGAUAGUAAUAGUAUUAUGAAUUCACUACAAAUCGUAUUAUAGUUUGUGUUUUGAUGGUGGUAAAGAAAAUGAGAUGUGAAAAGGGAAUAUGCUAUUUUAAAUUUAUUUUCUGUUGUGAAUAUA